AUGAACUGCCUACCAGUCGAGGCGACGAUUGAGCUGGGCGCGCUGUGGAAAUGGUACGAUGCAGAGCCAGAGUUGAGAUGUGCCGUGUUCACCGGGGCCGGAACGAAGGCCUUCUGCGCGGGGAUGGACUUGAAGCAGAGGCUGGAUAUUAUCAAAACGAACGAUGUGGCUUUUGAGUAUCCCCAAGGGCAGUUCGCGGGCAUGAGCAACCGGACCGGGAGGAAACCGAUUAUUGUCGCGUGCAAUGGACAUGCACAUGGUAGCGGCGGCUUCGAAGCAAUACUAAACGCAGACGUAAUAUUCGCCUCCCCGAACGCGACCUUUCGUUUACCCGAAGUCCUCCGGGGCGUAUCGGCGCUCGCUGGCGCUCUGCCGAGAUGUAUGAUGCUCUUCGGCAAUCACAGGACAAUGGACCUGAUCCUCACCGGUCGGACGAUGUCAGUGGAGGAGGCGCGAGACUGCGGCCUGGUUAAGGAAAUCGUGCCACAAGAGAAGCUCCUCGAGAGAACACUGGAUUACGCCGACGAGAUCGCGGCACUCAGCCCCGACAGUGUAAUCAUAUCGAGACUGGCAGCGAGGGAGGCUUGGGAAACAGGAAUAAGCAGGGCAACGAUGCGCGGACAGGAGUUGUGGGCGGAGGCGAUGCUCAGGAGUAAGAACGCGGCGGAAGGAUUGGCGGCGUAUCGCGACAAGAGGGAUCCGAAAUGGUUUCCCUCGCACCUUUGA